AUGGCUUCUACGCGGCGUUCUGAGCGCGGGGAAGACCCAGACGCCAUAUUUCGCAGUGCGCCGCCUCCAAUUUCAAAAGUACGCGCUAUUUCAUCCACUGACCGCCUCUUGAAACCCACAAAAGCAUCGCUCGCCAACUCCCGGAAGAAAGUUUUGACGGGCAAAGACAAAGAAUUAGCAGAAGCGCGCAACGUGGCUCUAAAGCGGCGGCGCUUAGCACGUUUAGCCAAAGAAAAUGGUCGGUUGACGAUUCCGCAAUCACCCAAAUUUCAUAAAUUAAAGAAAGUAACAACUCGCUCUCGCGCUGACAUGUUGACACGAACGUCUCGCGAAUUGCUGGAAAUCGCUGCCAUUCGCAAGCGCGUGCAGGCUCAAAAACGGAAGACGCAGCAGUAUCACAAUGCUACAACUAACGGAUUGGCGCCAGAAAGAGGGGAUCAGUUUUCACAGGCGCUUUCGGCCAGCGGAGGCGUUGGCGUCCCAGCUGUUCGUCGCCCGAAGCUUACGACGCCUGUGGGCUUCGAAUUCGAGAUAGAUAAACGUGCAGCAGCGGCAGAUGAUCGCAAGAAUUCAAAAAGAAAAAGGCAGAAAGUGAUGACUGCAGAGGGGAAGGCGCAUAUAGGAGACGAUAAAAAGAUCGAGAAGAACGGGCAGUCGUUAAACACUCGUGAAAUAACUCUGGUGGACUAUGUACCUUGUACGCCGAAGCGACAGGAUAAAAAAGAUGAGGUUGCGAGAGGAAGCCAAAAGAAGGAAGGUCGCGUUGGUGAACGUCAUGUUCGCAGGCCAAGUACUGGUAUUCGACUGGGACGGCACUGGCUGUGCGCGAAUCGCAGCAGUGCCGUUGGCCAUGGCAACUUCAACGCCUGCGACCUUCAGCCUUUUACAACCCCAGCACCACCAACUUUUUUUCGGCAUGAGGUUGUCGCAGAUAUGCCGGUGCUGAGUCUUUCGAAGUAA